CACGUGUCUUGGCGCCUAAUUGGGCAGUCCUACGCGUCUACGUCAUCGCCUUUUUUUCUGCCACGCGCGCCUCGUGCUACAGCUUUCACAGUCACCCUGCGCACCUCCACUCUGACCUUUCAACGCUUCCUAAGCAUUGCUUUGUUUGCAGUCAUCCUGGCCCUCUUCCUCAAAGCGCCCUUCUCGCACAUACCGACGAUCGCGAUGCCCCGCCGCAGCGCAACCUCGUCGGCUUCCACCGAUACGACCACCACUACAACGCUCCCGGAGAAGGUCCAAUGGCCAACAACAUUCACAGACGGAUUACCGCUUCCUAAAAUUGUCGUUUUCGACCUCGACUACACGCUAUGGCCCUUCUGGGUUGACACGCACGUCACGCCUCCGCUGAAGCCUGUCGAGGGCGGCCUGAAGGUCAAGGACAAAUAUGGCGAGGGGUUCGGGUUCUACAACGAUGUUGGCGGCGUAUUAGAAGCACUCAAACACAAGAACAUCCUCAUCGCCGCUGCCUCGCGCACGUGCGCCCCCGAUCUCGGUCGCGAAAUGCUCAAGCUCCUCAAAAUACCCAGCGCAAAUGGAUCUUCCUCACGCGCGAUAGACUACUUCGAUCACAUGCAAAUAUAUCCUGGUAGCAAGACGACGCACUUUCAAAGGAUACAUCGAGACAGCGGAAUCGAAUACGAGGAGAUGCUCUUUUUCGACGAUGAGAGCAGGAACAAGAAUGUGGAGGUUCUGGGUGUGACUAUGCAGCUUAUAAAAGACGGUGUGACAAGAGAUGAGAUUGACAGAGGUGUGCAAAGUUGGAGGAAGAGGAAUGGACGGACAAAGGCGCUGGAAGGCUGAGAGGACAGUACCUAUGUAUUUGGUAUGGUUCCAGCAGCAUGAAGAGACGAAUGAAAUGAGAUACCCAUGACACAUCCAACCCCAUUCGAAUCGUACGAGGCAAGACGCCAUCCUCAGCCUGACCCAGCCUACAAUAUCGCGUCUUGCCGUGCCGCCGCCUGGCAGCCUAUCACUUCAUGCUGACCACGAAUACCCAACGACAUAUGCUGAGGCGUCCCGUCAGAUCGAUCCAACGCACAUGUCGCUUCAGACCCCCGCCUUACACAUGCACAUUAAAGUGCUGUGGUGG